UAUAUAUAUAUAUAUAUCGGUCGGUUUCGCGCGUAUCGUCGACAGAUUCUGAUUGAUUUUAGUCGAUGCACGUUGCACAUAGCUCGCUGCAUACUUUGACGCUGGUGCGAAUAAAGGUGCGCAGAAGAAUCUCUCUACGUGUGCAUAGUUCGCUUCUCGAGUUUAUCGCGAUACCAAUGGCGGCGUUUCAAUUUAAAUUCCAUCCGAGUGGAUUCGUUACAGAUCGUCACAGAUUGCCGAACAACGACGAGCGGAAUUUGACGAACGGGAUAAGCGGCGAAAAGGAAGCGAGGAGUUGUUCGGGCUUCUUCCCUGUGAGACUUUCUUCCGGCGGAGCGCAAAGGAAGUCCGACGUCACGUUUCCCAGCUGUACACUUGGCGAAUUCCUAAUUAUUCUUGCGACGCGUACAGACUUUAAAUUCUCGAUUUACGCCGGAGUAAUUAAUAAAUCAUUUAAAAAAAGACAUACAGAAGUUUCUAAGACAUCGCCGUUCUAUGUACUCUACCAUGAAUAUCACACGUCGGCGACACGAGAAUAUCGGAAUAUCGAGGGCAAUGUAGUAGAUGUCAACGUGUCAGACGGAGCGUGA